CCGCCAUUGACCUUACCACGAAACCUUUGACUUCAAACUCGUCCACGAACGUAUCCUCUCCACCGGCCACGGACCCUCUCCUUCCACCGCCAAAAUGGUAAUUUCCUUCAUGCUCAUCCAAAACCGCCAAGGCAAAACCCGCCUAGCAAAAUGGUACUCUCCCUACACGGACGCCGACAAAAUCAAGCUCAAAGGCGAAGUCCACCGCCUCGUCGCUCCCCGCGACCAAAAACACCAAUCGAAUUUCGUCGAGUUCCGGGGCUCCUCCAAGAUCAUCUACCGGCGAUACGCGGGACUGUUCUUCUGCGCUUGUGUGGAUGCGAACGAUAAUGCGUUGGCGUAUUUGGAGGGGAUACAUUUCUUCGUCGAGGUGCUGGAUCAGUUUUUUGGAAAUGUUUGCGAGUUGGAUUUGGUGUUUAAUUUCUACAAGGUCUACGCCAUUUUGGAUGAGGUCUUCCUCGCGGGAGAGAUCCAAGAGACGAGCAAACAGGUCGUGUUGACGAGGUUGGAGCAUUUGGAUAAGUUGGAGUAAGAGCAUUGAGAGAUCCUUGGAGAGAAGAGACGGAACACAUACAAUAUCAUCCGGUCAUGAGACUUGUCAAGCAAGCGUGUUGACAGUGUUUCCAGACGCCGCGAGAGAUGGUUGCCCUGAUCGCU